UCAAAUUGACAUCUAUCUAAAAAUUGGAGAUAUGAAAAUUGUGUUCAAAUGAUAUAAAACGACUAAAAAUAAUUUUUUCAACCCUAAAGUCAUAAUGUAUAAAAUUACCUCAAGACUCCUGAGUAUUUCAAAGGAUAUUGCAAUUUUAUCACCAGGUUUCAAGAAAAUUAACAGUGUAUAUGUAUGCAGUACAGGAAAAGUUAAUUUUCAAACAUUUUACAGUCGAAAUAAUCAAAACGAUUACGAACGAUUGAGACAAAAUUUAAAUAAAAAGUUAAUAUAUUCAGUUUUGUUUGGCGUUGUAGCCUAUUCUUCGUAUAAGGUUUGGAAUCAAUACAAAGUAAUUCCAAUUAUAACAGCAGCUGAACAAAUAGAAGAAACAGAAUCUGAUGCUGAAGUUGAUAAAAGAAAGAAAAGAUACAAAAAGGAAAAAAUUGGUUUCAGAGACAGGAAGAUUAUAGAAUAUGAGAAUCGUAUGAGAUCUUAUUCUACUCCAGAUAAAAUAUUCAGAUAUUUUGCUACUGUCAAAUUAACGUUUGGUGAAAAUACAGAAGUCUAUAUGACCCCCGACGAUUUCUUGAGAGCCAUCACUCCCGGCAUGAAACAACCUGAUGGCUUGGGCUUGGAUCAGUACAGAAGAUAUGAUCCCAAGACUGUAAGUCAUCGCCUCAACUUGGAUCUCGACGAGGACUCAAUUUUUUACAAGCUGGGCUCGUCUGGUCUCAUAACUUUCAGCGAUUACAUCUUUUUGCUGACUGUACUAUCAACUUCCCGUCGUCAUUUCGAGAUCGCGUUCCGUAUGUUUGAUCUGAACGGUGACGGUGAUGUUGACUGUGAGGAAUUCGAAAAAGUAGCUGCUCUGAUCAGACAACAGAGCAGUAUAGGUUCAAGACACAGAGACCACGCCAAUACUGGGAACACUUUCAAGGGCAUAAAUUCCGCUCUAACAACAUAUUUCUUUGGACCUAAACUAAAUGAGAAGCUGACCAUAGAAAAGUUUUUGGAUUUCCAACAUCAGCUGCAGAAUGAGAUUUUGUCACUCGAAUUUCAAAGAAAACAACCUGAUGAAAAUGGACGAAUAACUGAGGCAGAUUUUGCUGAACUGCUGUUGGCCUAUGCCGGCUACCCUGCUAAGAAGAAGGCUAGAAUGCUCAAGAGAGUUAAGAAGAUGUUCCGAGAUCACGGCGUGGGUAUCACGAGGGAGGAUUACUUGAAGUUCUUCCAUCUCCUUAACAACAUCAACGACGUGGACACCGCGCUGACGUUCUAUCACAUAGCCGGCGCGUCCAUCGACCAGCCCACGCUGAGACACGUGGCAAGGACCGUGGCCCACGUGGACCUGGACCCACACGUCAUCAACGUGGUCUUCACUAUAUUCGAUGAAAACUUGGACGGACAGCUCAGCAACAGGGAGUUCGUGGCUGUGAUGAAGAACAGGUUACUGCGAGGUUUGGAGAAACCCAAAGACACCGGUUUCGUCAAACUCAUGCACUCCCUAAUAAAAUGCGCUAGAGACACCAAACCAGCUUUACUUGACUUUUAAAUAUUUAAUGUCCGAUCUGAGUCGCCAUCUUGCCAUUAUAUGUUUUGCUCAUUCUAUGAUCUUCUAUUGUCUAUGGAUAUUUUUAUCAAAUUUAUUCUUUUUUUUAAUACGCGUAGACUCCAAUGAAAGAAGCUUCUAUCGUCCAAAGAGUAGAAAAUAAACCUUAGUUAUCUAAGUUUUGCUUUAACUUUACAUUUAUAUAUUUUAUUUAACACUAGCCGCGUGGGAGAUCCCGCCGUCUAGCCGUGUCGUUUGUUAUAUUAACCAAAUUUUUGUAUGUGCUAUGAAACAUAACUGACCACGUAGGCCUCAUAGGCGUAGUCAAAAUGAGAUAUAGGAAACUUUUUCAUGUUUUUAUUUUGCAGUUCGAAGUCUUGCACGUAAUGUAAUCCAAAAUGUAUUUCUCGUCAUUAUGAUAUAGUAUUAUUAAAAGAUACGACUGAAAAAUUAUAUUUACUUGCAUUAAUAUAAAAUAUUAGUCAAAUAUCGUCAUUUAUAUUUCCAAAGAUUUCGCACUUUAAUGUUAAGGUAUUAAGAAUGUCACUUUUAAAUUUAUUUAAGCUCUAAAUGUUUUUUUGCUUAUCUAAGGUUUUCUGCUGAGAAUUUUGAUGAUUGAAACCUUUUUUUAUAUCACAGAUAAAACAAAAUGUAUUGAUCUGCAUUAUUUUGAUAUUAUAGUAUAUUUUAUUGUUGCCUAAAUUUUACCUCAGUUUUUGAAUUAAAAUAAAUAUAUUGUUUAAAUGUU